AUGUGGGUGGCGGUGAUAUGCGGCGUUGCUGUGUACCUCUUUGUGAAGCUCUUCUUCUACGAAGACGACACCCUUCUCGAUCUCGACUCCUCCCACUCCACCGCUCUCUUUGCCGUCGCCAAAAGGCUAGAAAAGCUGUACCAUGGGAGUAAAGUCUACGUCGGCAUCCAGAUUCCCGACGCCGAUUCAGCUUCUCGCCGGAAUAUUGACCUUGUUCUAGUCACUAAUCAGGAGGCCGUGGUCAUUUCCGUGAAGAAUUUUUCAGGAUUUGUGUCCAUUAAUAAGGAUGGCAAUUGGAUUUUCACUGAUGGGAAGCACCACAAAACCAAUUGUAUUCCUAAUCCUGUUGCUGAAACAAGACAAUUGGUUUCCACUCUAGAAGAAUAUCUUGAGCAAAGGGGAGUCACGCUCCCAGAAGGAUAUUUGUCUUUUAAAGUCAUUUGCCCGAACCCAAAAUUUUGUUCAAUUUCAGACUCCUUUCCACCUGAGGUUAUUCCUUACGAUCAGUGGAAACACUUAAAACCUGAGACGAAAGGUUCGUAUUCUGGAUGGAUCAAAGGUGUUCUUCAUGGUGGAAAGGAUAAAAUGAAUAACUCCAUUCUCGAGAAGCUCAAGUCUGUUCUCAGCACUGUUCCAAUUUUAGAUAGGUUAGAGCUCAAAGGCAACAGGUACGUUCUUGGAGAAUUCAUCGAAUUCAAAGGGAAGCAAGAUGACCUUGAGGCAUUGAGAAAGAUCAGGCGAUCGAAAGUUAGCCACCUGAGCAUUCAGAAGAUAAGCAUGUUUGGCUUUGCUCAUUCAACCGUCCAAGUUUUGUAUUACCCACGUGACUACAGAGUUGAGGGGUCUUCCCACUCUUCAGAGUAUGAGGAAGUGACGGUUAGGUCGAGCACAGAAGUUCUUCUCCAGCCGCAAAAUUCCACAAAACAUCGAAAGUAUAAGCUGUCUUCUGUUAUUUCCAUGUUGCUAAGUGCCUAA